AAUAAAAAAUGAAAAAAUCUUUGGUUAACUAAGGGCCGUACAAGGCAUUUGUACAGGUAAAAAAAUUUUUGAAAAUUACGUAAACAUGAUGAAUUAAAACUCAAAUCAAAACAAUGGGAACCUGAACUAUAUCUACUGUGUUAUUUAAAUAAUUUUUAAUUAUUAUGUAACAGAACCCUAAAAUAUGGCAAAUGUGAGUAUAAUUUCGGAAUAUUCUUCUUUAUUAGUUGGAAAACGUAGUAGACUUAUUAUUGCCAAGGUAAACUAUUCACUGAGAGUGAAACAUAGAAUUCCUCAAGAAGGUCCCAUUGAAGCGUUAGAGAGAAAAAUUAAAUCUGGCGAAUUGCAGACGGACAAUGUGCAGUUAAAUAUUACUGAUCAGUUACAAAGGGUUUACGAUGAUGUAAAACAUUACAAACCUGCAGAAAAUAAUAUAUUCAGUAAACUAUUUGCCAGCAAGAAAAAUGCUCCCAAGGGAUUAUACAUUUAUGGUGCUGUGGGUGGAGGAAAAACCAUGCUCAUGGAUUUAUUUUACAACAGCUGUAACAUCGAUCGUAAAACGAGAGUCCACUUCAAUGCUUUUAUGGUAGAAGUACACAGGAAGAUGCACGAAUUGAAACGAGAAAUAGUUGUCGACUACACUCAACGCAAGCCCAAACCCUUCGACCCCAUACCACCCGUAGCAAAUAGUAUUAUAGAGAAGUCUUGGCUUAUCUGUUUCGAUGAAUUUCAAGUAACGGACAUCGCCGAUGCUAUGAUUUUAAAACGUCUGUUUACAUACCUGUUUGAUAACGGAGUCGUCGUAGUUGCUACAAGUAACAGACCUCCGGAAGACCUGUACAAAAAUGGCCUCCAACGGUCCAAUUUCAUUCCGUUUAUUGGGAUACUGAAAAACCACUGUGAAGUAGCUAAUUUAGAUUCGGGAAUAGAUUAUAGAUUGAAAGCGAUUGGUGCUAAGACCAAUUACUUUGAAAAGCCUAAAUUCAAAUUGGAUCCUGUGGCACAGAUCUUUAAAGUCUUAACCUCCAAAGAAAACGACGUAGUGAGAAGUAAAACGUUUUCCAUUUUGGGCCGGGACGUGACUUUUAGGAAAGUCUGCGGCGGAUUAUUAGAAACCUCUUUUGAGGAAUUAUGUGAUAGGCCUUUAGGCGCCAACGAUUACUUGCACCUUACUCAAUUUUUUCACACUAUAAUAAUUAGAGACGUGCCUAGAAUAGAUUUAGUAAGGAUGAGAUCUCAGGCUAGGAGAUUUAUAACGCUUAUCGACGCACUGUACGAUAACAGAACUAAAGUUAUCGUUACGGCGGACACGCCUAUAAAAGAGUUAUUCUUCGCGUCGCAGGACAAGUCUGAAGGGAUCAGCGACGAGCAUAGGAUGCUUAUGGAUGACCUGAAGAUAGGCGACAAUGAUUUGACUGCGAAUAUUUUUACUGGAGACGAGGAAAUUUUUGCCAUCGAUAGGACGUUGUCGAGACUUUCCGAAAUGCAAAGCGAAGAUUAUUGGGGUAAGAAGAAGUGAUGCUCCUGCACGUUAGGUACUUAAAUUUAUAUGAAUUAUUUUUGUUAAAAUUUUAUUUUUGUUAUGCGUAUAUCAGUAUUUAUUUGUUAUAUCAAUGUUUUAACAAAUAUUAUUUGUUUUUAUUGUUAGUCAAUUGAUACGAUAU